AUGCUUAGUCGUCCGCAAUUUGCAGCUUCGAAUGGGAGGAUCUUCUGGGGCUGGUUCUUUCUUAUGAUCGGCUCGUUUUCAUUUAUGGGUUUCGUGUAUGCUGCCGUUGUAUCAAAGCUUCAGCCUCCAUCUGAUAAUGCGAUAAUCCGAGCUAUACAAAACGAUUGUAUAUCUUCAUUGGUUGAGCAUGAAACUGUUCAAGCAUGCGUGAUUGACUUUGGUAGGGUUCAGUUAGUCACCGUUUUGCGAAAGAAUGUGCCCCUCAUGAAGGCAACACUAAAGUAUUUGGCGGGAAUCAAACGCCCCAGUGGUUAUGGCUCUAAAACAACUGCUCACAAAGUUGCUCAAGAUUGCUUCUUCUCAAUGCCCAAAACUCAGCUCAAUGCAAUUAUCACUGGCGCGACUUCAGGCAUAGGUGCCGAAACAGCAAGAGUGCUCGCCAUGAAUGGCGUGAGGAUCAUUAUUCCGGCAAGGGAUUUGAAAAAAGCCAAUGAUUUGAAGAAAAGCAUACAGAAAGAGUGUCCAAAAGCUGAAAUAAUUGCACUAGAGAUGGACUUGAGCUCACUUAAUUCAAUACAGAGAUUUUCUUCUGAGUUCUCAUCUUUAGGACUACCACUUCAUAUUCUCAUAAAUAAUGCUGGCAAAUAUUCACCAAAAUUGGAGUUUUCAGGUCAUUUUGUGCUGACACAAAUGCUGCUGGAAAAAAAUGGUGGAAACAGCAUCAGAAAGUGGCAUACAAGGGAGAAUUGUCAAUGUCUCUUCAUCAAAGCUAGCCAACAUAUUACAUGCCAAGGAAUUAGCAAGACAGCUCAAGAUUCUCUGUAUUUUGUGGCGGCCAAGACCAAGUUGCUGAAAUCGACUACACUGGGUGCGGCCACGACAUGCUACCCAAAGAUAAGUGGGCUCAGCGGAAAGUACUUCUCGGACUGCAACGAAAGUCGAUGCUCGGGCUUAGCAGAUGAAGAAAAUGAGGCCCACAGACUAUGGACCCAAACUCGUGCUUUCGUCCACCGACUUUUGCUUCAUAAAGCAGAAGAAGAAGCUCCAAAUGUGGCCACCAGGCCAGCUUAG